AUGGAUCCAAACAAUAUGGCCGACUUGAACAUUUACGACAUAAUUAUUGACGAUAUUAUGAAUGACACGACUAUAGAAGAUAUGAUGCAGGAGGAGAUGGAGUUUUAUCAACGACGUGCCAACACCGUUAAGCCCAAGCGAACAAGAAAGGUGAUAAAGAGAGAUCGUGAAGCUGAGAACGAGCGGUUGUGGAAUGACUACUUCUCUGAAAAUCCUGUGUACACGGAAGAGCUUUUCCGACGAAGGUUUCAAAUGCAAAAGCAUGUGUUCCUCAGAAUUGUAGGGGCCCUUGGGUCUCAUGACCCUACUGCAAUUGAGUGCUUAAAGAAUUUUGUGGAAGGUGUGUAUGCAGUAUUUGGUUCUAACAAUGACAUUAAUGUGCUAAACCAAUCUCCUGUUUUUAAUGAGGUUUUGAGUGGAAAUGCUCUCAUGGUGAACUUUAGCGUGAAUGAAACAAUGUAUAACAUGGGAUACUAUCUAGCAGACGGUAUCUAUCCCCCGUGGGCUACAUUUGUGAAGACCAUCCCAAUGCCACAAGGAGAAAAAAGGCAAAAAUUUGCGAAAAGACAAGAAGCAGCAAGAAAGGACGUUGAACGUGCAUUCGGCGUUCUCCAAUCUCGGUUUGCAAUAGUUCGUGGUCCAUCACGCUUUUGGCAUCCGAAUGAGAUGAAGUCAAUAAUGGAUCUUUUAGAAAUAUCUUGGAAAGAAGAGCACAUCAAAUUGAUAGGUCAAUUCAUCACCAACUUCAAGUAG